UCGGGCGUCGCCACGACAAAACCGGAAAUGCUAAAGCCGAAAAGAGAGUAACGGGAAGAGCACCGAGCUGGAUGGAUGUAGCAGUAUGAAACCGGAAGCAGUCGCCUCCGGGCGGCCCCCGAGCUGCAGCUGAUAGAGUGAGGCUGGAUGGCGCAAUCUGACCAGGGAUCCCGUCCCCUGGUGGAGGAUUUUGUACGCUACAAGCUCUGUCAAAGAGGCCUGUGUCCAGAACCUGUAGGAGCAGCAUCAUGUGCUCUGCAUUCUGCCAUGCGUGCUGCGGGGGAUGAAUUCGAAGAGAGAUUCAGACAGGCAUUUAGUGAGAUCUCAGCACAAAUCCAUGUGACCCCUGGCACAGCAUACACUCACUUUGCAGAGGUUGCGGGAGGUCUGUUCCAUGGCGGGGUGAACUGGGGCCGUGUGGUGGCAUUUUUUGUGUUUGGAGCUGCGUUGUGUGCCGAAAGUGUGAAUAAGGAGAUGGCUGCACUCCUGCCACGGAUCCAGGACUGGAUGGUGACAUAUCUGGAAACCAACUUGAGAGACUGGAUACAGAGCAAUGGAGGCUGGAACGGAUUCCUGGCUCUCUAUGGGGAAGGUGCUAUAGAAGAGGCUCGACGACAGCGUGAGGGAAAUUGGGCUUCAUUGAAGACUGUUCUGACUGGGGCAGUGGCUUUGGGGGCUUUAAUGACUGUUGGGGCUCUUUUUGCCAGCAAGUGAGAGAUACCUAAAAACUGGCAUACACUAAGCAAAUGCUGCAUUGUCUGUGUGUACGUGUGCUUGUUGAGCUCAACCAGCCUGUUAGUGGUGGGUGUGUGAUUUAACCUUACUGUGUACUCUGCCAGUGUGUGCACUUUUUGUGUUUGCAUUGUUUGCUUCUGUUUGAAUAUUGUAUGUGAGCACGUAUGAUGUUUGGUACUUUCUGUUGACAUGCGUGCAGUGUCUGUCUGCACUUGUGCUGCGUGUAUACCCAUUGUCUCGUUUUAAUAUAUGCACGCAUGGAGGUUUUGUUUGUAAACUCUGUUGAUCUGCCUGCUUGUGGGGUCUGCUCUGUGUGUAUUCCGUGAGCAGUACCAAUAUAUUUAUUGCAUUUUCUUCCUGCUGGUGUUGCUCUGUGAACUUGCCUUGCCUUUAUAGCCUCUGUAAUUGGAGUGUUGUUGAAUAUUGACUCGGGGGCAGAAGGAAAAGCAUAUUUCACCAGAGUGGAGGAUGACACAUGUUGGUGGGCUGUGUGAUGUUGCUUUAAUGUUGUGUUUUUUUUUUGUUUUGUUGUUGUCAUCUCCAGUUUAAAUUUAUUUUGUGUCUAAAGUGUUGCAGCAUUCUUCUCCCUAAAUUACAUGUGAUAUUAGCAGUGCCUCUUACUGUAGACGGAUACUUCAAUGCUUUUCCUAACUGUGCAAGGAUAGGAUUACAUACCAAUCACACCUCACCUUAUUAUUUGUUUAUUUCUUUAUAUUGCAAAAGGAUUUUAAAAUUAAACGUAUAUUGCUGUCCUCUUAGACCGUUUCACCCACACUGUAGUGAGAGGCGCAAGUACCUUUUUAUACAUGCAGAGUUACAGGUUCCUCUCUACAAAACACUAAGUGGGUGCUUUAUAGAAGGAAAUGGGCAGACUCUCAAAGUGUAUUAAAGUUUCCUGGUCCACAA